UGUGGAAAAAAAUGGCUGCUUCGGCGGCAACAGCGACUUCUUCUCCGGGUUUGAGUCCUAAUUACGCCGUUGUUUGCUCUUUUCUUGAGCGCUACGGGGCGUUGUUGGACUUACCGGAGCUCACCUUCCCCCAGCUGGAGAGAUACCUGCAGGAUUCAAGCUCAGUCCCAAAGCUCCUGGUUGACCUUCACGUGAAGCUGCUGAGGAAGAUUGGAAAGUCGGUGUCAGCAGACAGAUGGGAGAAGUAUUUAGUCAGGGUAUGCCAGGAGUUCAACACCACCUGGGCAUGGGAACUGGAACAAAAGGGAUACAAGGAGAUGACGGCGGAGUGCAAAACGGGAAUACUUAAAUAUUUGUGCGAAUGUCAAUUUGACGAAAACGUGAAGUUCAAAACUGCCAUCAACGAUGAGGACCCGGACAAAAUGCGUCUGCAGCCGAUUGGCCGGGACAAAGACGGGCAGAUGUACUGGUAUCAGCUGGACCAAGACGACAACGUGCGCGUUUAUGUCGAGGAGCAAGAUGAUCUAGACGGGUCAUCGUGGAAGUGCAUCGUCAAAGAUAGAAAUGAGUUGGCUGCAGUUGUUGCUCUCCUGAAGACACAAAUUGACCCCGAGCUGUUGAAAAGAGACCAAGAAAAGAAAGACAAAGAGAAGGAAGAGAACCCUGACGGUGAGGGGGAAGCAGGAAGUAAAGGUGAUGCAAAAAAGACUGAAGAUUCAACAGAUGAAGAAGCCUCUUCGGAGAUAAAAGAAGAAAAACACGUGUGCGCUGUCUCGUCAAAGUCUGAAAACCAUGAAGAUCUAGGGCCGGAAGAACAGCUGAAAUCAAAAGCUUCAGAAGCCAAAUCAUCCCUGAACGGCAUCGAUGAAGGCAGCUCUGAGACCGGUCUCCUCCCAGAGACCAUCAGCACAAAACCUCAGAGCAUCAAAGAGGAGCCGAGUGAAACGGUGGACGCUAGAUCCAGCUUGACGGAACCGACGCCGUCUUCUGAGACGUUAGGGGCACCAGUGAAGGAGGAGAAGGGCGAGGACGCCAAGAAGAGCAGUUUAGAGGAGAUCCCACAGGCCGUGAAGAACGACCAGCAGGCCAAAAUCCCGCUGAAAAAACGCGGCAUGAAAUUCAGCGAAGACUUUGAAAAAAAUGGUGCCGUUACAGUUCAAAAUUCAUCGGUUUCCAGCCUGAAGGAGGUUAAUAAGACGACCCCAGGUCAGACGAUGAAAGUUCAAAAAGUAAAUGAUCAAAUUAACGGUGACGUUCAGGUCCAGUCUGAGUUAUCGGAGGACUCUAAAGCUGUUGUAUUGUCACGUGUCAUUAAACAAACCGAAAAACCCUCGAGCGGCGACCAGUCAGAGUCACGUAAACCCUCGGAGAGGACUGAUGACCAAGAAGUGCCCUCUGAGAAGUCCAGUGAGGCCAAAACGGAAAAACCUAAAGAUCCAACAAAGACUGUCAAGACGGUCAACUGUGAAGACGGUACGACGUCCGGCGUUACAAAGACAAGCGACUCUCUGUCCGAGCCAAAAGUAAAAGAAGCUUCAGGUUUCCGAAACGACCUGAAGGAGCCACAAAAGGAUGACGAGGCUGAGAUGGACACUGGUGGGGAAAAGACGGCAAAGGAAGCAUGCAAAGAGACUCCCAGUCCCGGCCCCAUCACCAGGACAAACUUUUGUGCAGAAACUGAUGGAGCAGAACCGGAUAAAACAAAUAAAACGGAACAGGAUAAAUCUGGUAAAACGGAACCCGAUAAAACUGGUAAAACUGAAUUGGAUAAAACAGAAUCAGAUAAAGCUGGUAAAACAGAACCGGAUAAAACAAAUAAAACGGAACAGGAUAAAUCUGGUAAAACGGAACCAGAUAAAACUGGUAAAACUGAAUUGGAUAAAACAGAAUCAGAUAAAGCUGGUAAAACAGAACCGGAUAAAACAAAUAAAACGGAACAGGAUAAAUCUGGUAAAACGGAACCCGAUAAAACUGGUAAAACUAAAUUGGAUAAAACAGAAUCAGAUAAAGCUGGUAAAACAGAACCGGAUAAAACAAAUAAAACGGAACAGGAUAAAUCUGGUAAAACGGAACCAGGUAAAACUGAAUCGGGUAAAACAGAAUCAGAUAAAGCGGGUAAAACUGAACCGGAUAAAACAGGUAAAAUAGAACCGGCUAAAACAAAACCAGAUAAAACUGGUAAAACUGAGUUGGAUAAAGCGGGUAAAACUGAACCGGAUAAAACUGGUGAAACAGAACUGGAUAAAACAGAACCAGCUAAAACAGAACCAGCUAAAACUGGUAAAACAGAAUCGGCUAAAACUGGUAAAAUAGAUUCGGCUAAAACUGGUAAAACAGAACCAGAUAAAACAGAACUAGCUAAAACUGGUAAAACAAAACCGGCUAAAACUGAUGAAACAGAACUGGAUAAAACGGAACCAGAUAAAACUGGUGAAACAGAACCGGAUAAAAAAGAACCAGCUAAAACAGAAACAGCUAAAACUGGUAAAACAGAGCCGGCUAAAUCUGGUAAAAUAGAUUUGGCUAAAACUGGUGAAACAGAACCAGAUAAAACUGGUAAAACACAACCAGAUAAAACUGGUCAAACAGAACCAGAUAAAACGGGUAAAACACAACCAGAUAAAACUGGUAAAAUAGAGCCGGCUAAAUCUGGUAAAAUAGAGCUGGCUAAAUCUGGUAAAAUAGAUUCGGCUAAAACUGGUGAAACAGAACCAGAUAAAACUGGUAAAACAGAACCGGCUAAAACUGGUAAAACAGAACCAGAUGCAAUGGAACCAGCUAAAACUGGUAAAACAGAACCGGCUAAAACUGGUAAAGCAGAACCAGAUAAAACUGGUGAAGCAGAACCAGCUAAAUCUAGUAAAAUAGAACCGGCUAAAACUGGUGAAACCGGACCAAAUACAAUGGAACCAGCUAAAACUGGUAAAUCAGAACCGGCUAAAAGUGAAUCGGCUAAAUCUAGUAAAACAGAACCGGCUAAAACUGGUCAAACAAAACCAGAUAAAACUGGUGAAACAGAACCGGCUAAAUCUAGUAAAAUAGAACCGGCUAAAACUGGUGAAUUAGGACCAGAUACAAUGGAACCGGCUAAAGCUGGGGAAACAGGACCGGCUAAAACUGGUGAAACAGUACCAGAUAAAACGCAACCGGAUAAAACGGAACGAGCUAAAACUGGUAAAACAAAACCAGAUAAAACAGAACUGGAUAAAAAUGGUAAACCAGUAACGGCUAAAACUGGAAAAACAGAACCAGAUAAAACUGAACCGGAUAAAACAUGUGAAACAGAACCAGAUAAAACAGAACUGGAUAAAACUGGUGAGAAAGAACCGGAUAAAACUGAACCAGAUAAAAGGGGACCGGAUACAACUGAUGAAGCAGUUCCGGAUAAAGCUGAUAAAAUCAAACAUGAUAAAGCAAAAACUGGUAAAGUAGAGCCAGAAAAGGCUGGCGAAGAAGAACUUGACAAAACGGGUAAAACAGAACCAGAUGAAACGGGCAAAGUAGAACCGGACCCUAGUACUCUCUCGGACGAGAGCAGCAAAAGCAGUAAGGAGGCGAAGAGUGGUACUGAAACUCAGCCAGAGGAGGGCGGUCUGUCCAAACGCCAGACUCCCGCGCACCGGAGGAGGUCCGUGCUUCAGAGGGAGGACCGAGCAGGAGACUCCGAGUCCGACACGAACACCGGGAGGUCUCCGAGGUCUCUGAGGAGGUCGGCCAGGAUCUCCAGACUGACGCCGAAGGCGGUGGAGAGGUCAGAGCGGUCGCCGUCCAGCCAAACGCCCCAGAGACACGAGGACGACAAGGGUCAGAGCGAGGACGAGGAGGACGAGGAAGACAAGGACAUGAGGACGGUCCAAAAGAAACCCAAAGAGAAAAAGGUUGUUCAGGACGGGGAGCCCAAACCCAAGGGGAGAAAAAGGCGGAGGUUCCGGUGGUCUAACACGCGGACGCGCCGGAAAAAGAAAAACUCAGACGAUGAGGACGACAGCAGUGACGACGAGUCCACGGAGGAGGAGGAGAGCGAGGAAGAGGACGACAGCGACGAAGACUACAAGGUGGAGCGGAACCGGAAGAGGCGGAACCGGAACCGAGAGAGACGGAGCUCGGACUCUUCAACAUCCUCGGAUGACCUACCUCCAAACGAUGACCCGUGCAAACACUGUGGUCUCCCAAAUCAUCCCGAGCUGAUCUUGCUGUGCGACUCGUGCGACAACGGCUACCACACGGCCUGCCUCAGGCCCCCCCUCAUGAUCAUCCCCGAUGGAGAAUGGUUCUGCCCCCCCUGCCAGCACAAGCAGCUCUACGACAAACUGGAGGAGCAGCUCCAAAACCUCGACGCCGCCUUGAAGAAGAAGGAGCGGGCCGAGAGGAGGAAAGAACGUCUCAUUUAUGUUGGAAUCAGCGUUGAGAACAUCAUCACUCCCUCUGUGGAGGAGGAAAAGCCGGAGAUAAUAGUCAAAGAGAAGAAGGAAAAGCGCAGUAGGAGCUGGGGUCGGAGGUCGACGAGGGCGAAGAAAACCAUCAGCUACAGAUUUGAUGAAUUCGACGAGGCCAUUGAGGAGGCCAUCGAGGAGGACAUCAAAGAAGCAGAGGGUGGAGGAGCUGGUCGGGGUAAAGACAUGGCCAACAUCACGGGCCACAGGGGGAAAGAUAUUUCGACCAUCCUGCAAUCAGAGGAGGGAAAAGAGAACGGCCGGCCGCCCCGACCGAGCGCCGCUCAGCGCAGGAAGAAACGCCGGCGGCUCAACGACCUGGACAGCGACAGCACGGUGGACGAGGAGGAGAGCGAGGACGAGUUUUGCCUCAGUGAAAGCUCGGAGGAAGAGUUUGUGGUAUCAGGAAACGAGACGGAGGCAGAAACGGAGGAGGGAUCCAAUGCGAGUGAGGUGGGCAGCAACGUUGGACGUCGGCGCAAAUCUUCUUCACGGGCAAGAAAAGUGCCAAUGAGACGAAGCUCCAGAAAGCGGCGGAGACCAAGAGGGUACUCUGAUGAAGAAGAGGUGGAGACGGAUGAGGACGACGACGAAGAUGAAAUGGCGACGGAGGGCUCCAGCGAGUUCAGCGACAGCGAUCUGGACGUGAGUCGACGGCGGUCUCGGCGAAGCCAGAAGAAGGAGGUGAACUACUGUGAGACCUCUGAGUCUGAAGGCUCUCGGGCAGAAACCAACCGGGCCAAAAUGAAACCCCGGCGGCCCCGGGACAGCUCCGAAAGCGAAGCGAGUUUCUCCAGAGACUCUGAAGAGGACUCGAGAGAUCGACGGCCGAAGAAGAGAGCCCACUCCUCAGACGAGGAUUCGAGACAGCGGCGCAGACGACUAGCGCUGAAGCGCAGGCGAGCAUCAGAAGAGGACAACUCUGACGAUGACUCGGACGAAUCUUCUGAGGAGGAUCGUCCGAUCCGUAAACGGGUGAAUCGCAUUGACUCGGACGAUGACGACGAAGAGGAGGAACCGAAAGAGAAAGAGCAGAAGGCGACGGAGGAGGAUUCAAAGGGAACAAACCCAUUGGACGGUAAUGUGGUGGAGCUGCAGCCGUCAAACGGACAGAGUGCAAUCAAGAGUGUGGAGGGCCUCGCCAGCCGGCCCUCUGCCGGGGCUCCGGGCCCCGGCCCUCAUCCGGAGCAGCCCAAAACCAUCAGUUCCACACCAGCUGCUCCCGUUGCACCAAAUGGUCUGGUUGGGCAGGACUUGCCAGCGCAGGAAGAUGACGAAGACGACCUUUUAGGAGUCACAGACCUAGUGGACUACGUCUGCAAUAAUGAACAAUUGUAAAAACAAAAAUGGUGUACUGUUUCUUUUUUUUUUGUGGUAUUGUAUUUUUAUAUUGCUUAACUUUAUUAUAUUUCCUCCCCUGCCAACUCUUCCCGUUUUCUCAGCGGUCUCACCAACAGUAAGAGCUGGAUCCAUGUCACCAGUCUAACACUGUCCCUGUGGGGCUUGUAACUAGUAAAGGGCACCAACAUAUCGUUAGUUUGUCCGCUAACCAUCACUUUCCCUCCAAACCACUCACAGCUUCACUUCAGCUUCACUGCCAACCCCUUCUCCACCUAUUAUCGCCCCUUUUUGUUCUCGGUAAUCAUGAACUUUGUACCGGUUGCUCCAGCAGUAACGACGUAUGGAAACCCCAGUGCGUUAUAAUAUUUGUGGGAGAUUAGUUGUCAUUUCAGUGCUAAACAACUCUGUUUUAGGAAUAGUUUCACACGACAGAAGUAAAAACAACUUAUUAAUUGA